UGUCUUCGUUUACACCCUAAACACAAAAUGAUCACUAUUUUUACCAUGCUUGUAUCUUUACUAUCUCAAAUUUCAUAUGCAACUGAUACCAUCACCCAGCCUACGUCGAUUCGGGAUGGCAGCAGUUUGAUUUCUAAAGAUGGAAGCUUUGAGUUGGGUUUUUUCAGUCCAGGUAGUUCAUCAAACCGCUAUGUCGGACUUUGGUACAAAAAUAUUCCAGUUAGAAGAGUGGUUUGGGUUCUCAACCGUGAUAAUCCGAUCAAAGACGACUCCAGCAAGUUGACCAUAAGCCAAGAUGGAAAUCUCAUGCUUCUCAAUCAAAAUGAGUCUUUAGUCUGGUGGUCCACAAACAUAUCAACCAAUGCCUCAAAUCGUGUUGUGCAGCUUUUGGACAACGGUAAUUUAGUUCUUAAAGAUGUGAUAAACAGCGACAAUGGAGAAAGUUUUUUGUGGCAAGGCUUUGACUAUCCCUGUGAUACGUUGUUACCGGGAAUGAAGAUUGGAAUCGACAAAAGAACAGGUCUUAAUAGGCAUCUCACUGCAUGGAAAAAUUGGGAGGAUCCAUCUUCCGGAGACUUAAAAAAUGUUGUGGAAUUUACCAGCAAUCCUGAAGGCAUAUUUUGGAAGGGUUCAACAAAAUACUAUAGGACGGGACCAUUGAUCGGGGCUGAGUCCAGGGGAUCAGUCGGAUUGAGAGAUAAUCCAAUAUAUGGUUUUGAAUAUUCCGUCAAUGAAAACGAAGUGUAUUAUAUGUUCAUACUCAAGAAUGCUUCUCUCAUCUCUGCAGGGGUUCUAAACCAAACUCUUUCUGUUCGUCAACGCCUCCUUUGGAUACCUGAAUCGAGAACAUGGAAUGUUUAUCAAUCGCUGCCAAUAGAUAAUUGCGAUGUUUAUAAUGUUUGUGGAGCAAAUGGAUAUUGCAUCAUUGAAGGAUCGCAAACAUGUCGAUGUUUAGAUGGAUUUAAACCAAAAUCACUUGAACUGUGGAAUAGCUUGGACUGGAAACAAGGAUGCGUGCGCAACGGAAAUUGGAGUUGUGGGGUCAAAAAUAGGGACGGAUUUCGUAAAUUUAUUGGAAUGAAAUUUCCAGAUACAACAAAUUCUUGGAUUAAUGCAAACAUGACACUUGAUGAAUGCAAAGUCAAAUGCAUAAAUAAUUGCUCUUGCACAGCAUAUACAUCCUUAGACCCAGUUGGAGCAGGAAAGGGUUGCUCUAUCUGGUUAGGUGAUCUUAUUGAUUUAAGAAUUUCACAAGACGGACAAGACCUAUACGUUCGAAUGGAUUCGGCAUAUAUUGAUGCGAAUCAUGGUCCUGGAAAAAAGUUUAUAUUGCCAGUUUCAAUCACACUUUCAAUGGUUCUUGUGAUUUUAUUCGCAUUCUCCUACUUUUGCAUAUACAAGGGGAAGUGUAAAGUGAUAAUAGACAAAAUCAUGAUGAUAAAAGAGAAAGAUGAAGAUGGACAUGAUGAUUUUGAGCUUCCUAUAUUUGAACUAGCUACAGUACUCAAGGCGACCAAUAACUUCUCAAAUGAUAAUAAACUUGGUGAAGGUGGUUUUGGACCGGUAUACAAGGGUACAUUGCAAGAUGGACAAGUAAUUGCAGUUAAAAGACUUUCGAAAAAUUCAGUACAAGGAUCAAUAGAAUUUAAAAAUGAAGUCAUAUUGUGCGCUAAAUUGCAACAUCGAAAUCUUGUUAAGGUUAUUGGUUGUUGCAUUGAAGGAGACGAGAAAAUGUUACUCUACGAGUACAUGCCGAAUAGAAGUCUCGAUUUAUUCAUAUUUGAUCCAGUUCAAAGUAGGUUCUUAGAUUGGCCUGUGCGCUUCAACAUGUUGAAUGCAAUUGCUCGAGGACUUCUUUAUCUUCAUCAAGAUUCUAUAUUAAGAAUCAUACAUAGGGAUCUAAAGGCAAGCAAUAUUUUAGUAGACAAUGAUAUGAAUCCAAAGAUUUCAGAUUUUGGCAUGGCUAGAAUGUGUGGAGGGGAUCAAAUUGAAGGGAAGACUAGUAGAAUAGUCGGGACAUAUGGUUACAUGGCACCUGAAUAUGUUAUUCAUAGAUUAUUCUCUAUAAAAUCAGAUGUAUUUAGCUUUGGCGUCCUAUUGCUCGAAAUCAUAAGCGGAAGAAGAAAUAGGGCACUUACCUAUCAUGAACAUGAUCACAAUCUUAUUUGGCAUGCUUGGAGAUUGUGGAGAGAGGACAUUCCACAUGAACUGAUUGAUGAAUGUUUAAGAGAUUCAUGUAUUUUACAUGAAGCAUUACGUUGUAUUCAAGUUGGUCUUUUAUGUGUGCAACAUGUUCCUAAUGAUAGGCCAAAUAUGACAACUGUGGUUAUGAUGUUGGGUAGUGAAAUUACCUUACCUCAACCAAAAGAACCUGGUUUCUUAAAUCAAAGAGUCUCAAUUGAAGAAACAUCAUCUUCUUCAAGAGAAGAAAUACCUUCAAUCAAUGGUAUAACUAUCUCACGAUUAAAUGCCAGAUAGAUGAAUUAGUAGUAUAUUUUAAAUAUUGUUGCAAGAUUGUGAAAUAUAGUUUUAAACAUGAAUAUUCAUAAGUUAUUGUAGUUUGUUAUAGAAAAGUAUGAAUAUAUUUUCUAAUUUUUAUAUAAA